CUAAGCAGCAUUUUAAGUCUCUGCUUGCGUGCAUGCGUACCGUAACCAGUCUCGCCCAGCAGCUUAACCAAAAAUCACAAAAUAAGGCCGGGGCCUGACGGUGGCGUGAGCUCCAUGGCGACGGAGCUCAGUCUCGCGGCAUGCUCCCUCGCGGGUGUGCCGGCCCCGGCUGUUGCGCCAGCUUCCGGCAGCGCCCCGCCUGCCUCGCUGGCCGCUGGCGACCCCUCCCGCGUGUGGCUACCCGAGCUAGUCCAGCGCAUCGCCUCCUUCCUGCCGCCCAACGAGGUGCCGCUCACGCUGCGGCUAGUAUGCCGCGCCACGGCGGAGCAGUUCCGGGCGCCCUGCAACACCCCGCCCGCAGCCUCCAGCUCUAGUCCGCCUCCCGAGACAAACUCCCCCGACCCACAUCAGCCCCAUCCCCAGACGCACCCCCAGGCCCAGACCCAGACCCAGACCCAGACCCAGCCCCAGACGCAGCCCCAGACGCAGCCCCAGACGCAGCCCCAGACGCAGCACCGCUAUCAACACAAGGUCCUUCUGACACAGCCCGUGCCGCACCACGCCUUCGCGCGCCACUUCGGCCCGCACGGCCCCGGCAUGGCCGCCCUCGGCCGCGACGGCCGGCGGCGGCUGCUGGUGGAGGUGGCGGGCAGCGGCGUGUUGCCUAAUGUGGAGCUGCUGCUGGAGGCCUGGCCGGAGCAUUGCCCGAUUAGGCACCGGGCGCUGGCGGCGGCGGCGGGCGCGGGGCACCUGGAGGUGUGCCAGCUGCUGGCGGCGCGGGGCUGUCCGCUGGCGGGGGAGGCGCUGGAUGCGGCGGUGGCGGGCGCCGCGCAGGGGCGGGGCGGGCGGGCCGCGGCGCGGCCGGCCGCGCGGCCGGCAUCAGCAGAGGCCCAGGCCCGUAGCAGCGGGGGCGGCGGGGGCGGGUGCGGUGGUGGCAGCAGCACCAGCGGCAGCAGCUGCGGGGACGGUGCGAGGCAGGCGGCGCGCUGCGCGGCGGUGGUGGAGUGGCUGUUGUCCCUCCGGGCGGCGCGCGUGGCGGAGUCCCGGGCGCAGGCGGCGGCGCAGGUGGGGGCGGAGGCGAGGGAGGCCGCGGGGCAGCCCCAGACUCCGCCGCCGCCGCCGCCGCCUCCGGCCGACGAGGCUGACAAGGCCGCGGGCCGCCGGCGGCGCCAGCGGCAGCGGGAGGCGGCGGGUGCAGUGGGGGCUGGGCAAGGGGGGCCGGCCGGAGGCGGCGGGGGGGAGGAGGCGGAGCCUGAGGUCCCGGCGCCCGGCUACUGCGACGGCUGUAGCCCGCUGGCGGCGGCGGCGCGGGGCGGCGACGUGAUCAUGCUGUACCGGCUGAUGGCGCUACUGCCUCACAAGAUCUACACCGGCAGCCUGCUGGAGGCGGCGGCGGAGGGGCUGCCGCUCGCCCACCUGCAGACCCUGCACACCCUGCUACAGCCGCCGCCGCCGCCGCCGCCAAUGCAGCAGCAGCAGCAGCAGCAGCAACCGCCCGAAGAUGAGGGUGAACCAGGGGUUGCUACAGCCGUGCGCGCUGAUGGCGAGGAUGGGGCUGCGGCUGCUGCAGAGGCCUCUGAGGCCGCUACUGCGGCUGCGGCUGCAGCGGCUGCGGCGGUGGCGGCAGUAGCACCGGAGUUCGGGGCUGCGGCGGUGGCUGCUGCGGCGGCGGCGGCGGCGCGCUACGGCCCACUGGACGAGUGGUCCCGGGAGCGAAUGGCGGCGUUCGCGGCGACCAGCCCCACAGCCGACUGGAGGGAGAAGGUGCUGUGGCUGACUGACGUGUGCGGCUACCCGCGCUGCUCCGACGCCUGCGCCCGCGCCACCUGCCUGCCCGACUGGCGGGAGCGCCUCACCUGGCUCACAGCCGCCCGCGGCAGCAGCGGCGGCAGCGGCAGCGGCAACGGGAUACCGCUAGGCAGUAGCAGUGGGAUGCCUCAAGGCGGCGGCGGCGGCGGCUUCCCACUGGGGCAGGACGCCGUGCGGGAGGCGGCCAUGUCGGGACGGCACCAGGCGCUGGCGUGGGUCAUGGGGGAGGGCGGGGUGGCGCUGCGCCCCUCAAGUUCCAUGAAGCUGUGCGCCUUCACCGCGCGGGCGGGGAACACGCGGGUGCUGCAGGUGCUGCUGGAGCACGGGCACGUGAUGGACGAAAUCAUGCUCAGCUAUGCGGCGCGGCGGGGCCACCUGCAGACGGUGCAGUGGCUGGCGCGGGUGCUGGAGACGCCGCCGCACCGCAUCUACGGCCUCCGCACACUCACGGACCGGGCCGUAGGCCACAUGUCUGACGCCGUGCACUCGGGCAACCUGGAGCUAAUGAAAUGGCUGGCGGCGGCGGGCGCGCGGGCGGCGGCGGCGGCGGCGGCGGCGGUACGGGAGCAGCAGCGCCGCCGCCGCCAACAGGGGGAGCAGCAGGAGGGGCAGCAGGGGCAGGAGGGGCAGGAGGGGCAGGAGGGGCAGGGGUCGCGGCAGCAUCAAGACGGAGAGGGCACCGCAGAAGGCGACGCAAGAUGGGGUUCGGUAGACCCUGCUGAAGGCGGCAGGGCCGCCAGUGGCGGCAGUAGCAGCGGCAGCAGUAGCGGCCAGUGCGGCAGUAGCUGCUACAGCCUGGCUGGCGAGGAGGGCAUCAUGGCGGCCGCGUGCGGGUCCGCCUGCUGCGGCGUGGAGCACGCCUAAUUCCCAGAUUCCCGCCCGCUGGUCGUAGUCGAGCUCACCUAUAGGCAAAAGCGGAAGCAUGGGCAUAGGGCGGCAGCGAGGAAGUGUCACGGGCAGGCGAAUGGCAAAGGCGACAAGAGAGGCGGCGUGCAGCAGACAAGCUAGGAAUCACGCGUCCCAAAUCCCGCCCACUCAGUAUAAUAACACUAUGGAAAGAGGGCGAGUUAGCGGUGUGUGUGUGUGUGUGUGUGUGUGUGUGUGUGUGUGUGUGUGUGUGUGUGUGUGUGUGUGUGUGUGUGUGUGUGUGUGUGUGUGUUGGGGGGUUGUAAAUACCAGCCCAA